AUGACUCAAGAAACCGUGUAUGGAGUCGCGUUCAGAUCGGUUGCGACCGCUGACGAAAGCGCGUACAGAAGCGCUAUAAAGUUUUACCACAAGCUAGGAUUUUCCACUGUGAAAACCUACGACAAGUUCAGAGGCAACAAGGAGGCUGCGACCUCCGGCACCGCCCAGGGCUCCGUGAAGGAGACCUGGCUGGAAAGCUUCAAGCUGAGCGAAGUGGACAGCAAUGGCUUCCGCAUCCCUCAGCAAGAGGCCACGAACCACGAGCAGAGUGAUGGUGCUCUUCUUAAGAUCAGACUAGUGGCUCACCAGCCCCUGGAGGCCAAAAACUCCCGGGUUACCUACUACUCCGCAUCCAUUGAUGAGGUUUCCAAGGCUUUCCCAGACGCCAAGAAGCUCGAAAAUGGCGAGUACGCCUUGAAUGAUCCAUUGGGCUACGAACUUCGCUUGUCAGGCUACGUUAGAGCCGGUGACAAGAAGACCGUCGACAAGGAGUUCUUCUUGGACGAGUCUAAGACUCCAGCUGACUAUCUAAAGGGCCAGAACCUGUCUCCUAAUCAGAUUCCAGGUGCCACCUCUACUGGCAUCAAGAAGAAGAUUGCUGUCAUGACUUCCGGUGGUGACUCUCCAGGUAUGAACUCUGCUGUCCGUGCUGUGGUCAGAGCAGGUAUUUACUACGGCUGCGACGUGUUCGCUGUUUACGAAGGUUACGAGGGUCUGCUAAAAGGUGGUGAUCUCUUGAAGAAGAUGGAAUGGAAAGACGUUAGAGGCUGGCUCAGCGAGGGUGGUACUUUGAUUGGUACCGCUCGUUGCAUGGAGUUCAGAGAACGUUGGGGCCGUAAACAAGCUGCCGGCAACCUUAUUUCUGAGGGUAUUGACGCUCUUGUGGUUUGUGGUGGUGAUGGCUCCCUAACGGGUGCUGACCUGUUCAGAUCUGAGUGGCCAUCUUUGGUGGAGGAGCUUGUCAAGGACGGUAAAUUUACCGAGAAGCAAGUCGAACCAUACAGAAACUUGAAGAUUGUGGGUCUUGUGGGCUCCAUCGACAACGAUAUGUCUGGUACUGACUCUACAAUUGGUGCUUAUUCUGCCCUGGAAAGAAUUUGUGAGAUGGUCGACUACAUCGACGCUACUGCCAAAUCCCACUCGAGAGCUUUCGUCGUCGAGGUUAUGGGAAGACACUGUGGUUGGUUGGCUUUGAUGGCCGGUAUUGCUACAGGUGCCGACUACAUCUUCGUUCCAGAAAGAGCUGCGCCUGCUGGCAAAUGGCAAGAAGAGUUGAAGAAGGUGUGUCAGGCCCACAGAGAGAAGGGCCGUAGAAACAACACUGUUAUUGUUGCUGAAGGUGCCCUAGACAACAACUUGAAACCAAUCACCUCUGAGCAGGUUAAGGAUGCUUUGGUUGAGUUGGGACUCGACACCAAGAUCACAACUUUGGGUCAUGUCCAAAGAGGUGGUACAGCUGUGGCUCACGACAGAUGGCUCGCUACCUUGCAGGGUGUCGACGCUGUGAAAGCCGUUUUGGAGAUGACUCCUGAAACACCAUCUCCAUUGAUUGGUAUUUUGGAAAACAAAAUCAUCAGAAUGCCACUAAUGGAGUCUGUUAAGCUCACUAAGAGUGUUGCCGAGGCAAUCGAGAACAAAGACUUUGACAAAGCCAUCUCUUUGCGUGACACCGAGUUUAUUGAACUAUACGAGAAUUUCAUCUCAACUACUGUUAAGGAUGACGGUUCCGAGAGGUUGCCCGAGGACCAAAGACUAAACAUCGCUAUCGUUCACGUUGGUGCUCCUUCCGCCGCCUUGAAUGCCGCGACUCGUGCUGCCACCCUGUACUGUCUCUCCCGUGGCCACAAGCCUUCUGCUAUCUUGAACGGUUUCAGCGGUUUGAUUCAAACUGGUGAAAUCAAGGAGCUUUCUUGGAUUGAUGUCGAGAACUGGCACAACUUGGGUGGUUCUGAGAUUGGAACUAACAGAUCCGUGGCUAGUGAAGACAUGGGAUCAAUCGCUUACCACUUCCAGAAGAACAAGUUCGAUGGUGUCAUUAUUUUGGGUGGCUUUGAGGGUUUCAAGUCCUUGAAGGAGCUACGUGACGCCCGUGCUCAGUACCCUAUCUUCAACAUCCCAAUGGUUUUGAUUCCUUCCACUGUUUCGAACAACGUUCCUGGCACCGAAUACUCUCUAGGUGUUGACACUUGUCUCAACACUCUGGUCAACUACACAGAUGCUAUUAAGCAGUCCGCGUCAGCCACUAGAAGAAGAGUUUUUGUUGUUGAAGUGCAAGGUGGCCACUCUGGUUACAUUGCCUCUUUCACUGGUCUCGUAACAGGAGCUGUGUCAGUUUACACUCCCGAGGAUCAGAUUGACCUAAAGAGUAUAAGGGAAGACCUUGCUCUUCUCAAGGAGAACUUCCGUCACGACCAGGGCGAGACUCGUAACGGUAAGCUGGUUAUUAGAAAUGAACAGGCCUCCUCCAUUUACACUACCGACCUCCUGGCUGACAUCAUUGCCGAAGCGUCUAGUGGAAAGUUUGGUGUUAGAACCGCUAUUCCAGGCCACGUUCAACAAGGUGGCGUGCCAUCUUCUAAGGACCGUGUCACAGGUUCUAGAUAUGCUGUUAAGUGUGUUAAAUUUAUUGAGGCCUGGAACAGAAAGAACUCCGACGAACAAAACGAAGACUUUAAGAUUUUGAGAUUCAAGUACGUUAACGGUGUUAAGGAGUAUACCAUCCAGGACGAAGAUGCUUCCGCUGCCAUCAUCGCUGUCAACGGCUCUCACAUCUCCUUCAAGCCUAUUGCUCGCCUGUGGGAAGAAGAGACCAACGUUGAAUUGAGAAAGGGUCAAGAAGUCCACUGGGAAGAGUUUAACAAGAUUGGAGACAUCCUUUCUGGUAGACUUAACUUAAGGAAGGAAGUCGACGCUGGUAAAAGCGCCUAA